AUGCGCAUAGAUAUAUUUGGAACAAAUAUUUUGACAUGGAAUACUGGAAAAACUCAAGAGUUGAAUAAGGCAGCAGCAACUUUAAUGGCGGUAGCGGUGGUGAAAAUAGCAACAUUGGCGGUGGCAGCUUUGAUGGCGGCAGCUUUGGCAACAACUUUAAUAGCGGUAAUUUUAGCAAGCAAAUUUGGUAGUAUCUUUGGUGGCGGCAAUUUUAAUGGUGAUAAAUUGGUUGAAGAAGAUGCGGAAAUCGAAGAAGAAUCAGAGACUAAAAGAUCAGAAAUUGAUGAAGAAUCAGAAAUUGAAAAAUCAGAACUUGAGGUAGAAUCGGAAGCUGAAGAAGUAACUACGAUUAUAAAGUAUAUUGAACAUUUAUUUUGGAUGGUCUACAAGUGCCCAGGUUAUUAUAAUCGCGAACCAGCUGAUAUAAGAUGUUUUAUAGCUUUUAUGUGGCUUUUAUUAUACUCAAUCGGUAUUGUGAUAGUAUCUAGAGGUAAAUAUCUUAAAAUUGGAAGUUCAUAUAUAAUGGUAUUUGAAAAUGCAAUAUAUAAUAAUUGA